AUGGUGUUGCCUGCACCAUUGUCGCCGAAGGGGUUUACGCCACUCGAGAACCGCAAACGAAGGCAUUCAGCUAUCGACAGAGACGCGAAUCGUUCUAAUGGUGGAAGUGGUAUUGUGGGAUCAGCGCCACCAAAGUGCGAUGCCAAAGCGCACACGGGGAAGUCUGAUGACACUGACAUCUUGACCGUGUCGAAACCUGGACGUAGAAUAGAAGACGACUCCGAGGACGAGGACGACGAUGAUAGUGUAGGUCUUGAAAAGGGAAUGGUGGAGGGUAUCCUCGACGUUGCGGAGGCAAAGCCUUAUCAAGAGGAGUGCCUUGACCCAGAGAUCGUUGCUAAAUUGAUGCUCCGUCUUAGAAGGACUGGGCCUGAAGCAUUCAUCAACGAAUUUCUCGUUCGGGGCAUGAUACCAGCUCCGAUCUUGGGGACUGCAUUCGGCUUGGGUCCUCAUCUAUGGGAGGCUUUGGGUGAGGAGUUCUACCUCGGACUGCUGGCGAAGGCGAUCGCGAGAGCAUGCUACAAGCGUCAGAAGCUGCUGCAGUACAAUACCAUCGAUGACGCUGCCAAAUUGCUUCGGGAGAGGAAGAACAUCAUGGUCAUCACGGGCGCUGGCAUUUCGACCUCACUGGGCAUACCUGACUUCCGCUCGAAGGACACUGGAUUCUACGACAAGCUGCUUACCAUAGGGUACACUGAUCCGGAAAUGGUGUUCGACAUCCACGAAUUCGAGUCAAACCCAGGCCUCUUCUACAGCCUCGCUGCAGACAUCUUGCCUGGCUUCAAGCAAUACUCACCUACGCAUGGUUUCAUCCGCCUGCUGCAGGACAAAGGCAAGCUGCAGACGAACUACACCCAGAACAUCGACAACCUCGAAGAGCUGGCUGGUGUCGAGAAGAGCCGUCUCAUCCAGUGCCACGGCAGCUUCGCAACAGCCACCUGCCGGAAGUGCGGCCACAAAGUCGCUGGCACAGAAAUCUUUGACGACAUCCGCGCGAAGCAAAUCUCCUACUGCGUGCGAUGCAAGAUCGAGAUCGCCAACGAGCAGGCUGCUCCCAAACAGAACAAACGCAAGCCCGCAGCGCGCCGCUACGAUUCUUCAGACGACGACGACGAUGAGGACGACGACAUCCCACAACCCGGCGUCAUGAAACCAGACAUCACCUUCUUCGGAGAACAGCUCCCGAACCACUUCUUCGACACUUUCACCGACCGCGACGCUAAGAACGUCGACCUGGUGUUAGUGAUCGGGACGUCGCUGAAGGUGUCGCCGGUAAGCGAGAUGCCGAACUUCCUCCCGAAGGAAGUUCCGCAUAUUUACAUCUCACGAGAGCCGGUCACGCAUGUGAACUUUGAUAUUCAGCUGCUGGGGAAUUGUGAUGAUGUGGUGGUGGAGCUGGCGAGGCGUGCGGGCUGGGAACUGAAGCAUGAGAUGAUACCGAAGGACUGUGAGAUGGUCGUGAAGGGGAUUGAGGAUGAGAAGAGCAUGUGGAAGGUGUGUCGUGAGGGAGCUGGAGAGCAUACGAACGGUUCUGCGGUCGCUGAGACUGAGGACGAGUGA